UGUUCAUUCUGCUUUGCCCCGAAGUUUUCGAUGCAGCAGCUGGGCUGGAUUGGAAAUUCGGAGCUGAAAAGUCGAGAACAUAUGCGAGUUAAAUUUGACGGCUGUAGGUUCACUCCCUUCACCUUCCACGCAUACGAAUGCAGCGACCACUAAUUGAGAUCUGCGUCGAUUCAGCUGAUGCUGCAUAUGCGGCUGAAAAGAGUGGAGCAGACCGGAUAGAACUUUGUAGUAGCGUUAAGGCAUUGGGUGGAGUUACUCCGUCAGCAGGUAGCAUCUUAACGACACUAAAAGCGAUCAAGAUUCCUGUCAUGGUCAUUGUUCGCCCACGAGGAGGCGACUUUCUGUACACUGAACUGGAAUUUGAAAGCAUGAUUCAAGAUAUCAAUUUCAUUAAACAAGCCGGCGCUCAUGGAGUUGUUAUUGGGAUUUUAACGGCUGACGGGAAGGUGGACAUGGACCGAAAUAGAUGUCUCAUUGAAGCAGCACGGCCCAUGGAAGUCACAUUCCAUAGAGCGUUUGACAUGGUCGCGGAUCCUGUGGUGGCACUACAUGACUUGAUCCACUUAGGAGUUGAUCGAGUAUUAACAAGUGGCCAACAGAAAACUGCCGUAGACGGAAUUGAUGUGUUAGCUGACCUGCAAAAACACGCAAAUGAUAGAAUCAUAAUCAUGCCCGGAUGUGGCAUCAAUCAACAUACUGUCCGUAAGGUCAUGCAACAUGUUGAACCCAAAGAGAUUCAUUUAUCCGCGUUAAAGACGGUGAAAGGAGGGAUGUUGUAUCGAAACAUCCAAGCUUCCAUGUCAUCGGAUAGCUCGAACGAACAGGAGUACAAUGUAGACGUUGCCGAUACAGAUAAAAUUAACGCUGUCAUCAAAGCACUGGAAUAGCUUUAGCGCCUUCGAUUGUAUUGGAAAGGAAAAAAAAAAUUAAAAAA